AAAAAACGAAAAAAUAAAAGGAAAAUAAAACAUUACAAGCAUGUAAAAAAAAUUCUGAAUAAAAGAUAAAACUCAAUAUUAACCAUGACGAGAACAUAACAGGAAAACUUUUGAGUAACCCCGUCACCUUGAAAAACAAAUAAUAAUAAAUCAACACCCUCAAAAACAUUAGAAGGUCAGAAAAAAAAAAAAAAAACAUCGUAACGGUUUUUUCUACGUUUGGGAUAACAUUUGCCUGCAUUUGCCUUUGUUGUCUGAAACUCUGAGUCUUGAUUUUUAUUGCUACAGCCAACAAAUCAGAGAACUCUAUUUUAUUUUUCAGCCAAUUAGUUGUUACCAAGUUUCUCUCCUCUUUUUUUUUUCUAAUCUUAAACAGCGUAAGACGAAGAACUGUUCUCUUCCAGCUUGAUCUUACCAGAAAUGAAUCAGUAUUUUUUGAUCGUUUCAUCGGGGCACAUCAGAGCAUCAACGACUUUCAAGUUUCAAUUCUUUUGUUUAACAAAAUUUACAUAAACUUUGUUACACAUAAAUUGUUAUUACAAAAAAUUUAUAUAAUUUAAUUUUUAUUAAAUAAUUCUGAAAGUAAAAUUAAAAUCUAUUACAAAUAUUAUAUCAAAAAUUAAUAAACAGCUACAUUUUUCUUUUGUUCUUUUGUUUGAGUGAAAAAAAAAAAAAAGAAAAACAUGCCUUAUUACGCAGUUUCUUGUGGUCGAAACACUGGAAUAUACACUGACUGGUCUUUAGCUAGACAACAAACAGAUGGUUAUUCCCAUGCUGAAUUUAAAAAAUUUUUGAAUAAAAAUGAUGCAGUUAAUUAUUUGCAUCAAAAAUUAUCAUCUAAGCCAUAUUAUGCAGUGUCCUGUGGUCAUGAACGAGGACUCUACAGAGAAUGGUCUGCUGCUAAAAAGCAAGUUUAUCGUUUUUCUCAUGGAGAAGUUAAAAAAUUUUUUUGCAAAGACGAUGCAAUGCAUUUUUUGCGUUAUAGAAAAGUUUAUGAUUACGAAAGCUCAUGGUUUUGUCAUGAGGAUAAUUAUUCCCAUGAUCAUUUUCAUUGCAAUGCUGACAGAUUAAGAGCAUUAAAACGUCACAAUUAUUGGGCAGUUGCCAGAGGAUUGGUUCCUAGCAUCUAUCGUUCUUGGGAUGAAGCAAGACAACAAGUUGAUCGUUUCAGAUCUCCAAUACACAAAAGAUUCUUUUGUCAAGAUGAUGCACUACACUUCAUGAGAAUAAAUGGCGUCAAAGGGUGGACAUGUGGUAGUGAGUGUGAUGGAUCAUUGGGAAAGUUCCAUUGCAAGAAAGAUAGUGCUCAACAUGAAAAGAAUAUGAUAAGAAAUAUACGUCGUAAAGUUAUAUUUUAACUUGAAAAAAAAUUGAUGACUUGAUGAAAAUAAGUAUUUUUGAUAUGACACAUAAGUUAACAUUGCCAUUUAUUAUUAUUUUUAUAUAUUAAAAUAAUUUUACUACAGUUAAAAUAAUUUACAAUAAAUAAAUAAAAUUUUCAAAGUUGAAAAGUAACAAUUUAAUUGAACGAAAAAAACAAUAGUAAUUAUUUUAAAAUGCCUAUUAUCCAUAACGAGGAGUGUAAGGAAUGUGUUUUCUCCCCAAAAUUUUUGUUAAAUUUAUUUCUUCUAUCGAUGACAUUCUAUUUUCAAAAUCUAUAAACUCAGUAAUAUUACAAAAUUCAACAGUUUUUUGGACAUUCAUACAUGCAUUGAAUCUGACAUUUUCAUUUUCCAUAAUUACAUCAAUAUUUUCAUAUUCAAUUGAUGAAGAAAAUAAAAUAUUUAAUUGUUUAAUAUUAUUUCUAAUAAUUUUAUAAUUGUUUGUAUUAUUUUUAUCAUAAAAACUUUCGUCGAGACAUUUGAGAA